CUGAUGUACCACUUCCUAAUUCACUCAUGUUGUGUAGGUCUCAUUCUGUCUCUUUUCUCACACUCGCUGUAAUGGAGUUGUUUGUCUUCAUUGCUUUUCAGCUCCUGGUGGAGGUUCAGUCUUACAAGUCUCCUACUGUAAAAGUAUCUCCAGAUGUCAUAAGAGAGUCCAGCUCAGUGAAGAUCAGCUGUGAGACACCAGCAGAUGUUACAGUGAAUCAGUGUUAUUUCAUCACAAACAGAGAAGAGAAGAAUAUAAAAGUCAGUUCAUCAUGUGAGCUGGAUCUCUCUGGUGCUGAAGUGCUCGGAUGGGCAGCUGUAAAAUCACCUGAAUCGAUCUACAUUAAUUGUUACUACACAAUACAUGAACAAGGCUUCAAUAAACCAUCAUCUCAUUCUCCUCCUGCCACAGUCACGGUUCUAGAUUCUCUUCAGAAACCCUUCAUCCGUGUUAGUGGAGAUAAUAACAUCUUAUCAUGUGAAAUACCACUUUCAGUCCGAGCUGAUUUCAUCUGUAGUCUCUACACUGAGGAUGAUGAUCUUCUGUAUCAGCGUGUUUCUCAGAGGAGUCAGUCUGGAGGGAGUCAGUGUAUGUUUUAUUUAAGUCAUAGUGAACUCUUCACACGAUCGGUGAACAGCAGACAUCUGAUCUGUGUUUAUUCACUCAAGACUCAACCUGAGAUCAGAUCACCACACAGUGACACAUACACCAUCAGAGGUCUUCCUCAGGCCAAGUUGAGAGCGUCUGCUUCAGUUAUUGUGGAAACAGACACAGUUGAGCUGAGCUGUGAGGAUACUGAAGAUCUGAAGAUGGAGAAGUGUGUCUUUAUCAUAAAUGGAAGAGAAAGUAACUCAAAACGGAGCUCAUCAUGUCAGCUCUCACUCACUGGAUCUCAGAUCAGUGUUUGGUCUGGAGGUCAGAGUUCAUCUGUGAGAAUAACCUGCCUCUACACUGUGGUGAAGGGACAAGUGUCUGUACCAUCUCCUCACUCUGAUCCAGUGACAGUAACAGUCAAGAUCUCAACAGCGACCUCUACUGGUAAAACUUUGACAACAGCCACAAAAACAACUUCAGUAACGACUUCUAAUGGUGAAACUUCAACAGCUCCCACAAACGCUUCUGUUUUCACAGCAGCCUCUACUCUGCCUGAUUCCACCAGAGAGACAGAAACAUCUGUUCCUCAAACUGUUCACACUCACUCUGACGACUCAUGGCUUUCAGUAGUGCUGGUUUUCACUGGUAUUGGUUUAUUUCUGUCUGGACUCAUAGGAUUCAUCUGUCUGUGCGGCUCUACCAGUUCUGCUGAUGUUCUCACAGAGCUGAACUACACCUCCUGUCAGCUGGAAACAACAUCUCUAUUAACUUCCUCUGUGUGCUCCUCAAAACAUGGAUGAUAUGUUUACUUUCUGUUUCUGGCCCAUUCAGUUGUUGCAUCAGUUGUACCAUCGAUGAAGUAAUAGAUAUUAAAUGUAAUUUAGUCUAUAUGAAUAUACUUGGUUAUUCAACUAUGUUGUUUUUAACAGGCACAUGAAUCCCAACAAUAAAUUUCACAGUGGAGAUCUGAACUUCAACAGUUUAAUAAAAUAAUCAUA